CCCAAGGCUGUCUCCCCCCGCUGAGCCCCCCCCACGGCUGAGUCCUCUCCCCCAGCUGAGUCCCCCCUCACGGCUGAGCCCCCCCGGCUGACCCCCCACCCGCAGCUCCCGGCGCCCCCCUCCCCCCCCGACGGCGCCCCUGCUGUGCCCGCCGCCGUCCCCAGGGGGAUGGCCUGGCCCCCACGAGGGCAGAGCGGGGCUAGUCCCGGUGCAUAGCCCUGCGCUUCCGGAACCUGUCCCUCCCGCCUCCCUGGUGCCCGCCCCACGGGGAAACCCGUGCCACCAGCUUCCACUGGGGCAGCUGCCACCUGGAACUGGGUCACCAGGACAUCCCGGGAGACGGCCCCUAGCGCCCCGCUCUGUGCCUGUUCUGCCGCACGUGCCUAGGCCUGUGCCAGCCCCCUCGGGAUGCCCCGCCCCCCGAUAUGGGCCUCUGACCCCCUCGCGCUCCCUGGACUUGAGGAGGCCCCGCGGAAGCGUGGGGUUUGGCUUCACUGAGCCCCCUGAGGUGGUGCCGGCUGCUCCCCCAGAUCACGGGCCCUGCUGCACAUUGCUCACCAGGGACCCCCCCCCCAAGGGCAUCCUCAGCCCCUGUGCCCACCCUCCACCAAGGCGCGUCCCUGGGCUCCCAGUGGAACCUCGGCCCCUUGCAGACCCUGCAGACCUUGGGCCUUCUCCUCACCCCCGCUGCUGAGGCCCAGUUGGGCCCAGUGGGCAGUGUGGCCCUCCUGGCCCACUAAACCCCACCUGGGGCCUGGGUGCAGUUGGCAGGGGCAGGUGGGGGCUGCCUGCACUUUCUAGAUGCUUCUCGCUUUGGGGGUUUUGGGGGUGGGCGGGUGGGCGGUCAGCUUGUAGCUGGUGAUGUGGACACCACCUCUCCUGAGCCUCUUAUCUGUUGAUCUUCACGCCUGUCAAGGAUGAGCUGGCGCUUCCAGCACAGGGGCGUGGAGGUGGCCCCAUCUGUUUCCCCACUGAGGGGGUGGGCCGGUGCGGAAUAAGCUGGUUCUGACCGAGCCCACCUCACCUGAGCCAAAGGGAGCUGGAGGGCGUGCCCUGUGUGGGGCCCGUUCCGGGGGGUGACAGCCAUGCGGGGGCCACGUGCCUGUGGGACGGCACUUUGAACAAACACAUGACUCUGAGCCUGUUUACGGGGUGGGGUGGGCAUGUCCUCUGGUCUCUGUUCAUGAAUCAUUCACCGGUCCUUUCCAAAGACUGACCUUGGGGGUCAACAGGCCACCCUGCCCCGAGGACUCGGGACUGGCUGCCGGUAUCGGGUAUCCUCUGUACCAGCUGGGCAACCCCCAGCUCCGGGUUUUCCGCACCAACUUCUUCGUCCAGCUGGUGCGGCCUGGCACAGCCCAGCCCGAGGACACAGUGCAGUUCCGGAUCCCCAUGGAGAUGACCAGAGUGGACCUCAGGAAUUAUCUUGAGCGCAUUUACAACGUGCCUGUGGCCGCCGUGCGGACGAGGGUGCAGCACGGUUCCAACAGGAGGCGGGAUCACAGGAACGUCCGGAUAAAGAAGCCAGAUUACAAGGUGGCCUAUGUGCAGCUGGCGCACGGACAGACCUUCACGUUCCCAGAUCUGUUUCCUGAGAAAAAGAGUCCUGAAGGUGGUUCUGUGGACGAGGCCCUGCGGGACCAGGUCUUGGAGGACCAGAGGCGGAGGCAAACCCCUGACCCCCGGCGCGGCGGCGUCCCCAGCUGGUUUGGCCUGUGACGGGCGGCUCGGUUGUGAGCUCAGCUCAGCUUGAAUAAAAGUGCUGCUGGUGGAGACAG